ACCUUCUGUUAAGUGAUGACAUUAUCACCAAUGGCUUUCAUUCCUGUGAAAGUGAUGAGGAUGACAGGGCUUCGCAUGCCAGCUCUAGUGACUGGACUCCAAGGCCUCGGAUAGGUCCAUAUACUUUUGUUCAGCAACAUCUCAUGAUUGGCACAGAUCCUCGGACAAUUCUUAAAGAUUUACUACCAGAAACAAUUCCUCCACCUGAACUGGAUGACAUGACACUAUGGCAGAUUGUCAUUAAUAUCCUUUCAGAACCACCGAAAAGGAAAAAAAGAAAAGAUAUUAAUACAAUUGAAGAUGCUGUGAAAUUACUGCAAGAAUGCAAAAAAAUAAUAGUUCUAACUGGAGCUGGGGUAUCUGUUUCAUGUGGAAUACCAGACUUCAGGUCAAGAGAUGGUAUUUAUGCUCGCCUUGCUGUUGACUUCCCAGAUCUUCCAGAUCCUCAAGCAAUGUUUGAUAUUGAAUAUUUUAGAAAAGAUCCAAGACCAUUCUUCAAGUUUGCAAAGGAAAUAUAUCCUGGACAGUUCCAACCAUCUCUCUGUCAUCAGUUCAUAGCCUUAUCGGAUAAAGAAGGAAAACUACUUCGCAACUAUACCCAGAAUAUAGAUACCUUGGAACAAGUUGCAGGAAUACAAAGGAUAAUUCAAUGUCAUGGUUCCUUUGCAACAGCAUCUUGCCUGAUUUGUAAAUAUAAAGUUGACUGUGAAGCUGUACGAGGAGAUAUUUUUAAUCAGGUAGUCCCUCGAUGUCCUAGGUGUCCACCUGAUGAACCACUUGCUAUCAUGAAGCCAGAGAUUGUCUUUUUUGGUGAAAAUUUACCAGAACAGUUUCACAGAGCCAUGAAGUAUGACAAAGAUGAAGUUGAUCUCCUCAUUGUUAUUGGGUCUUCCCUGAAAGUGAGACCAGUAGCACUAAUUCCAAGUUCCAUACCCCAUGAAGUGCCUCAGAUAUUAAUUAAUCGAGAACCUCUGCCUCAUCUGCAUUUUGAUGUAGAGCUUCUUGGAGACUGUGAUGUCAUAAUUAACGAGUUGUGUCAUAGGUUAGGUGGUGAAUAUGCUAAACUUUGUUGUAAUCCUGUAAAGCUUUCAGAAAUUACUGAGAAACCUCCACGAACACAGAAAGAGUUGGUUCAUUUGUCAGAGUUGCCACCAACACCUCUUCAUAUUUCAGAAGACUCAAGCUCACCAGAAAGAACUUCACCUGAUUCUUCAGUGAUUGUCACACUUUUAGACCAAGCAACUAAAAGCAGUGUGGAUGAUUUAGAUGUAUCUGAAUCCAGAGGCUACGCAGAAGAAAAAACACAGGAAGUACAGGCUUUUACUAGGAAUGCUGAGAGUACUAAUGUGGAAAAUCCAGAUUUGAAGGAUGUUGGUUCCAAUACUGCAGAGAAAAGUGGAAGAACUUCAGUUGCUGAAACAGUGAGAAAGUGUUGGCCCAAUAAUAGACUUGCAAAGGAGCAGAUUAGUAAGCGGCUUGAUGGUAAUCAAUAUCUCUUUUUACCACCGAAUCGUUACAUUUUCCAUGGCGCGGAGGUGUAUUCAGACUCUGAAGAUGAUGUAUUGUCCUCUAGUUCUUGUGGCAGUAACAGUGAUAGUGGCACAUGCCAGAGUCCAAGUUUGGAAGAGCCCCUGGAGGAUGAAAGUGAGAUUGAAGAGUUCUACAAUGGCUUGGAGGAUGAUCCUGAUGCUCCAGAGAUUGCUGGAGGAACUGAAUUUGGAGCUGAUGGAGGUGAUCAAGAAGCAGUUAAUGAAGCUAUAUCCAUGAAACAGGAAGUAACAGAUAUGAACUAUCCAUCGAACAAAUCAUAAUGGAAUGUCCAGGUACAGGAAUUGUUUCACCAGCAUUAGGAACUUUAGCAUGUCAAAAUGAAUGUUUACUUGUGAACUCAAUAGAGCAAGGAUACCAGAAAGGUGUAAUAUUUAUAGACUGGUAAAAUACUUUUUUUCAUGGAUAGUUUUUUAACUUCCAUUAUUUCUGUACUUGUACACUCAACACUAACUUUUUUUUUUAAAAAAAGAAAGGUACUAAGUAUCUUUAAUCAGCUGUUGGUCAAGAUUUUAAUUUUCUUUAAAGGUUCAUUGUAUCAUCCAUAAUAUGUAUAUAUGAUUGUUUUUGCUUAGUGAGUUUCAACAUUUUAAAGUUUUUAAAAAGCCAUUGGAAUGUUAAAUUAAUGUAAAGGGAACAGCUUAUCUAGACCAAAGAAUGGUAUUUUCACUUUUCUUUGUUUGAAUGGUUUGAAGUCCUCAAAAUCUCUGUUAUUCUUUAACACAAUUACCUAUUUUUAAACACUGGCAUUUUCCAAAAACCUUGUGGCAGCUAACUUUUUAAAAAUCACAAACAAUGACAUGCAAUGUGAGUAGAAGGAAGUCAACAAUAUAUGGGAAAGCACUCAGUUGUCUUUACUUUUUUAAAGUAAGACUUGGUGCUAAGAGUUUCAAGGAGUAUUGUAUUUAUUGUUCAAAUGAAGAUGGCUUUUGUACUUCCUGCAGACAUGCAGCAGUUAAUGUCUGUUAUCAGCUCAUAAAACUAAACUGAAAAAUAAAUGCUUUGGAGAUGUCUCAGUUGCUUUAGAAACAAUAGUGCCUGCCUGUAUCCCCUUAGUUUUGAAAUAUUUGCCAUUGUUUACCUACCUAUCACUGUGGUAGAGCUUUCAUCGAUCUUUUCCCACAAGUAUUAAACUGCCAAGAUGUGAAUAUGCAAAUUCUUUCUGAAUCUGUAAUAAUGGUACUAUUAGUGAGAAGAGUGUAAUAUUUUGGACUGUUGUUCUUCCAUUAGUGGAGAGCAACAGGCCCAAUUACAGUUUCAAAGUAAAAAGAUGUUAAUUAUUACUCAGACAGAAAGUACAUGUCUCCUGUUGGGAGGAUUUGGUGUAAUGAAUACCAAACUGUUAGUCUAGUAUUAUGGAGAUGAACAUGAUAUAACCUGUAAUAGCAGAAUAGUUAAUGAAACUAGUUCUUAUAAUGUACCUUUAUUAAAAGCUUAGGCUGCCUUAAAACUAGAGAUCAUCUUUCUCAACUGCAGAAGCUUCUAGUGUUUCAAAAAAGUUCAUACUUUAUAAAACUGCAGUAAACAUUUAUUUUCCAGGCUUUUUUUGACAUUACUCCCAAAUUAAAGUAUUCCUAUGUUGGUUUAGUAUUUAUUCAAUAAAAAGGGUUUGAAGUAUAGCUGUUCUUUAUGCAUAAAAUAUUCAGCUAGACCAUUACUGCCAGCGAAGAAAAUUUUGUAUGGCCAUUUCUCUACCUAAAAGAUGUCUCAAUUUGAAUUUGGCUACACUAAAGGAUGCAGCAUAUUUUUAGUUUUCCAUUUGCAUGAUGUGUUUGUGCUAUAGAUGAUAUUUUAAAUUGAAAAAUUUGUUUUAAAUUAUUUUUACAGUGAAGACUGUUUUCAGCUCUUUUUAUAUUGUAUAUAGUCUUUUAUGUAAUCUACUGGCCAUAUGUUUUGUAGACUGUUUAAUGACUGGAUAUCUUCCUCCAACUUUUGAAAUACAAAACCAGUGUUUUAUACUUGUACACUGUUUUAAAGUCUAUUAAAGUUGUCAUUUGACUUUUUCUGUUACUUUAAGUUACAAAACUUAAAUCUUGUAGAAUAUAUGCAACUUUGAGGGUUGUAUGAGAUGCAACCUUUUUGUACUACGUUUCUUCACUCCAUUUAUAACAGUCUUAACUGGCUAGUGCACACAACUGUCAGUGCUGGGCAUAUCACCAAAUGUUUCGGAAGUUAAUAUUUCAACUAUUCUGAGGCUGGAGGCCUUUGCAGGUAAAUAUGGGAAGAAAGGAGCAGGGACUUGAAAAGCCUAAGCUGGGCCUGGUGGUACAUGGCUGUAAUCCUACUUCCUUGGGAAGAUAAUGAGUUAAGCCCUAUUGGU